CCACUACCCGGUAUGGCUCCGCCACAACAAGGACCGCCACAACGUGGGGCUGUAGGUCAAGUCCAAGGUCCUCCAAGUGCCUCGAGCCGCAUUGACCCUAGCCAGAUACCACGCCCCGUGGCACAGCCCCCCAGCUCUGGACCUUUGGUGUUCGACACACGGAUGGCAGGGGGUCAUGCGUUGCCACCACCGGCAUCUUCUCGCUUCGUGGUCCGUGACCGCGGGAGCUGCAGUCCCCGCUACCUACGCUCCACCCUCAACCACGUGCCGCACUCCCCGGAGCUGCUCACCAACUGCGCCAUGCCCCUGGCGCUUGUGGUGUCACCCAUGGCGUUGCCGGACCCUGGGGACGACCUCAUUCAGAUUGUGGACGUCACUGAGUCGGGGCCCGUGCGCUGCGUGCGCUGCAAGGCCUACAUGAACCCCUGGGUGCGCUGGACAAAUUCAGGACGUAAUUUUAAUUGCAACUUCUGCGGCAUCUCCAACAGCACCCCUGACUAUUACUUCUGUCAUCUGGCGCCGGACGGACGGCGCAGGGACGCUGAUGAGCGGCCUGAGCUGUGCCGGGGCACGGUGGAGUACCUGGCCAGCAAGGAGUAUAUGUUCCGGCCGCCGAUGGCUCCGGCCCACGUGUUCCUUAUUGACGUCAGCCAGACGGCCGUCGCAACAGGGGCGACCGCGUCGCUGUGCAGGGCAGUGGCUGCAGCGCUGGACCGGAUUCAGGGUAAGGCGUGCGGGCCCCGGGCGAUGGUUGCGGUUGCGACUUAUGACACAAGCGUGCAAUUUUACUCGGUGCGGACCUCGGGUGCCACACCUCAGAUGCUGGUCAUGUCGGACGUUCAGGAUGUAUUUGCGCCCACCUCGGGAAAGCUACUGAUGGGCCUGGAGGAGCAUCGCGAGCAGCUGAAGGAGUUGCUGGAGGCGCUGCCGGGCAUGUGGACCAGCAACAGGAUAAACGAGAACUGUGCGGGCGCAGCCAUCGAGGCUGCUAUUGACCUUCUCAAACCAUAUGGCGGCAAGGUACACGCGUUCGUCGCGUCGUUGCCGUCUGUAGGUGUGCACGCGCUAAAGCCGCGCGAGGCUACAGGGCUGGGCGAGAAGGACAAGCUAGCGUAUCUCACAAGCCAGGAUAACACGCUCCGCUCCCUGGCCGCCACGGCUGCCGACCACAUGAUUUGCAUUGACCUGAUGGUGCUGGGCCAGGGCUACUGCGAUAUCGCAACUCUCUCAGACCUGGCCACCACCACGGGAGGCACCGUAUACUCCUAUACGCCGUACAAUCCUGUCGCGGACUUUGAUCAGCUUGUCAAUGAUCUGUCGUGGAACGUGGCGCGCCAGCAAGGCCUGGAGGCGGUCAUGCGUGUGCGGUGCUCCUCUGGGUUGGAUGUAGAGUCGUACUCGGGACACUGCUACAGGCCUCCUAACACACCAGACGUGUACCUACCUGCCAUCGAUUGUGACAAGGCGCUAUUGGCACGCAUCAUUCUCACCGAAAAGCUGGCGGCGGGUUCGGAAUGCUACUUGCAGUCGGCGCUGCUGUACACGAAUGUGGCAGGUCAGCGGGUCAUCCGGGUGCACACGCUGGCGCUACCCGUUACUGACAACAUAUCCAUGGUCUUCAAAGGGGCGGACCUGGAUGCGCAGAUCUGCACGCUUGGCCGUCGUGUGGCCACUUCGCUGGUGGGUCAGCAAACGCUCGGCGCCUGUCGGGAACUGGUCAGUUCGGCAGUCGUGGCCACGCUGUACUCUUACCGGCGCUACUGCGCCUCAUCAUCGUCGGCAGUGCAGCUCAUCCUGCCGGAGGCGCUCAAGCUACUUCCGUUGUACGCAUUGUCCUUGCUCAAAGGGGCGGGACUUAAGGCGAGUUGGUGGGAAAACCCAGACGAGCGUGCGCUUUGGAUUACUCGCAUGAGCUGCUUGCCAUGCAGUCGCGUGGGCCCACUUCUGUACCCUCGCCUCCUGCCCCUCGCGCGGCUGCUGGCUGAGGCACGGGAGGAGAAUGCCACCGCGGCGGAUGGCAACACAUUUGAAGGGCUGACGCUCAGCAGCGAGGGCCUCGAGGCAGGCGGUAUCUUCCUCCUUGAGAAUGGGUACGAGGCCAUACUGUACCUCGAUCGUGGUGUUUCGGGCCAGCUGCUGUUUGAGCUGCUCGGUGUGGCAUCCUAUGACGACCUUGUGCGUGCUAUUACGCUGCUGCCGAGGGACAACUGGCCUAGCCGUCUACUCCAGGACCUAUUGACCAAGAUUCGACUGCAGCGCUCGUCCUUCAUGCGCUUGCGCGUGGCACGCAAGGGUGAUCCGGCCGAGAGUGCGUUCUUUAACAUGUUGGUGGAGGACCGUUCCAGCGCCGGAAUGAGUUACGUGGAGUAUUUGUGCCAGAUCCAUCGGCUCAUUCAGAACAAGAUGGGCUAAUUGUAUCGGCGCGUCGAAGCUAUGCGGUAUUGGAAUGAACGGUGCGUCUGGUAACGGAGAGUUAGGGGGUUCUCGGUUGAGCGGAAUUUGUGUGUGAGCUGUCAAUGUCUGGGCAUUAGGAGAGCGCGGGGAGCGUCAUGAGCGCGGCUGCGGGUGCAUUUUGCUUGAACAGGGGCGUGUGCAUUUGUACUUUGUUGGUUCGCUGUGACACGCGCCCGGGGGCCCAUCGGGGCAGUGCACGCCGAAGCCAGGUGUCCAUAAUUUGUGGACCCGAAUCGGCUAAUGUCAUUCCCCUAUACGCUGUCCUAUUAAUUAUUUCUUUUCAGUGGUAAAUGCGCGGUUCAACUCGUUACGGAAGGAUUUUCGAUGCUUUAUGUUGUGGAAUCACGAGCUUGGAUUGGCCCACGGGCGCUCAAAGCCCUUAGCUUACCCCCGCCCUAAAAGUGCUGUGUCUUUCGCACACCAAGGCGUGAUUUGGCGGCUGGGGCUUUGGAUAAAUGCUUGUCUGUGCCUUGGCCAGGGAAUUAGGAUUGAUUUGGCGGCUCUCGAGCAAGCCGGCGUGGUGAGAGGUGUGGGUAGUACUGUUGGCCUGCGCAGCUGACCUCCUCCCUUUAACCGACAUGGCGUUGGUUGGGCCAGGAAUGUUAACGUGCUGCCAGUGGGGUUCGUCGUCUGCCUCGGGUGGCACUGGGACAGUAGCGAUGUCCAUUUCCGGCAGGUUUGUACGCAUUGAAUUGUGGCAGGGACAGCUAGUGCCCGCGGAAUGGUGUCUGACGCUUCAGUCACGCGCAGUCCAGCUUGACGGCGAAAAUUGCCGGUUCCAGGCCUAUGGCGCUUCUUUAGAUACCAAUUUGCAGCGGAGAGAGCUCCAUAUGUUUACAGGAAAAACGC